CACCAUGUAUUUGAAUUAAAUGACAGUGAGAACGAUGAUGAUGAUUUAUUUGCAUUAAAAACCAAUGAUAACCAACAAGAAGAAGAAAGUGGUCGAUUAUCAAAAAUAUCGCAAAUGACUAUUGAAACUAGUAGUACAUCAAACAAGAAUAGUUUGGAAUUUCAAAAUUUCGUCGCCGAAACGCAAAGACUACUGAAACAGUUAUCAACAGCAACAUCAGAUCAAACUGAAGACGACGAGAAAAUUGCUCAUGAGUUAGUUGAUUAUAUACCAAAAAUUCCUGAAUCAACGUAUCUAUCAGAUAACGUCGAAUCAUCAUUGACAACUGAAUUAUUAGCGUCUCUUGAACAGUUAUUAUCAGUUGAUAAAGAUAUUAACGAUUACUAUGAUAAAAUAGAAUAUACGUCGACAAGAGAAAAUACAACAAAGUUUCAAAAUUCACUUUCAAUUGAGGAAGAACCAAUGUUACCAUCUUCAACAGUCUCUACUCAUGCACUACCUAUUUUCAAUGAUACAGAUCAAACUUUUAUUUUAUAUAUGAGUUGUUCUCAAACAUAUAUUUAUGUUUGUACAAAUCAACACAUGCUAUAUUAUGCAAAAUUAACAUCAGCAGAUCCUAUACGAUGGCAACGUUAUUCUGAAAUGUGUGAUGUGUUAGCUGUUAGUGAAAGUAAUCGAUCUGUCUGUCGUGUUUAUAACAAAAAAUUAUACAUUGCUAAAGAUCCAUUGAAAAUUCCCCCAGUUGGUAUCGAAUGGGAAUGUGUCGAAGACAAUGUAUUAAGUGUGUGCAUUGAAGAUUAUUCUGCAUGGUAUAUUAAAGAAGAUGAAAUGUUAUAUAUGAGAUUACACAAUGGUGACAAACCGCCUGAAAAUAUAUCAUGUCCAUUUCAAUUGAGGAAAGUUGUUUGUUGUAAAGAAAAAGUAGUUGUGACAACAUUCAAGUGGGAAAUAUUAAUUCGAAUUGGUUGCAAUGAAGAUUGUCCAGAAGGAGAUGGUUGGAUUAUUAUUGAUCAUAGUUUAGGAGCGAUUAACGACUUUUUAUUAGCACACAAUUCUUUGUGGAUUAUUGAUAACAAUAAUCGAGUUUGGUUUAAUCAUUAUGAAAGCAUUGAUCGUGGAUUCAUCGGUAAUGAAGCAUAUCACGAAAUGAUACUACCAAUAGCAGAGGACAAUGAUGAACUAGAAGAGCCAUUGACAACAAUAACUACUAAAAAUUUAAACAAACAUUUGAUAUGUCAUAGCAGAGACUUACUAUGUUUAUAUGAUACUCAUAAACUUCAAAUAGUGCACACAUCUGCGAUAGGCGUAAGAUGGCAACCGUCAGUCUACGCUCUCAAUGAUGGCCAAACACGUUUGCAACGAUUAAUCUACGCAUAUCCCGAUGAAGAUAUUGUAUGGGCUUUGAGAGCUGAUGGAAAUCUAUUUUGUACAAAUCUGGACGUAACGCAAUCGUAUACGUUUGCAAAACCAUUGACUGCACAACAUUUAACUCACGCAUCAUUUGUUCCGAACUCCAAUUCGUCAAAAAAUCUUGUUUGGGCACUUGAUGAGUCAUGUAAUAUAUACGUACGUUCUGUCAAAGAUAGUAAUUGGUUACAGUUAGAUCAAACUCAAUUUGAUUGGACGAUAAAACUAGUGCAUUUGGCAUGUAACUCAAUUGGUGUUUGGGCAGUAGAUAAUGAAGGAUGUAUUCAUUUUCGAUAUGGACAUAGUGUUGAAUCAUCCGAUUGUUUAUCAGCAGCUUGGAUUGAAAUACCAGGUCAUCCUGCGAAUGAACACCGUUACUUUCUACAGGUUUAUUGUUCAAAAACGUUUUGGAUGGUAUGGGCAAUAGAUAAUAAACAAUGUAUUUAUGUACGAAAAGGAAUAACAGAAGUAAAUCCACUUGGGAAAGAAUGGAAUCAAAUACCAAAUGUUUCUGCAAUCGAAUUGGCUAUAUCGGAUGAUACAGUGUGGAUAUUGACUAGUCUUGGUUAUAUUCAAAAACGAAAUCAGAUAACAUUUGAAAAUCCAAGUGGUAAUACUUGGACGACAUUACCAGAAAAAUUUCAUUCAUUGACAGCUUCAUCUCAAAAUGAAGUGUGGACGUUAGCCUCAAAUCAUCAGUUAGUCAAACUUGAACAAAAACUUGUGCAACUAUGA